GCGCGGUCGAGUGACGUCAUUUGUCCCCCGGGUCGGACCUUCUUCGGGAUUGGAGCUCGUGCGACCUCUAUCCUUGUCCCCAGCCCACUGAUAACUGUUCCAACGGCCCUUCUCGCCCCAGUCAUGGUGCAAGAGUAGAUUAAGGAUGCUGUCACUAGGACUGUGUGCAGAGGCUCUGGAGCGGCCCCUCCGUGUAAGCCCCCUGAGAAUACGGGACAUAGAAAGACCAGGCUCCUCUUUCCGGACUUUGCGGCCCUUUAAGGUUGGAAGCAAUCGUAAGUGCCCCGCCUCCUUGGUGGUGACGACAUCAGAAGGCGUCCUGAGGCGUCAGAGAUGCUGGACUCGUUGUUGGCCAUCGGUGGCUUGGUGCUUCUGCGAGAUUCCGUGGAGUGGGAGGGGCGUAGUCUCCUGAAGGCUCUUGUCAAGAAAUCUGCACUUCGUGGGGAGCAAGUCCACGUCCUGGGCUGUGAAGUGAGCGAAGAGGAGUUUCGCGAAGGCUUCGGCUCUGAUGUCAACAGCCGCCUGGUUUACCAUGACCUCUUCAGAGACCCUCUUAGCUGGUCAAAACCUGGGGAGGCUGUCCCCGAAGGUCCUCUAAAAGCCUUGCGAUCCAUGCGCAAAAGGACAGAUCAUGGCUCAGUCACCAUUGCCCUUGACUCUCUCAGCUGGCUGCUGUGUCACAUUCCCUGUGUUACACUCUGUCAAGCCCUACAUGCUCUGAGCCAGCAAAAUGGAGACCCAGGUGAUAACUCCCUAGUAGAGCAGGUGCGUGUCCUGGGACUCCUACAUGGAGAGCUUCAUGGCCCUGGCCCCAUGGGAGCACUGAACACCCUUGCUCACACAGAGGUGACUCUGAGUGGUAAAAUGGACCAGACUUCAGCCUCCGUCCUCUGUCGAAGGCCCCAACAACGUGCAACUUACCAGACUUGGUGGUUCUCCAUUCUUCCUGACUUCAGCGUGACUCUCCAUGAAGGGCUUCCCCUCCAUUCUGAGAUACAACCAAAUCGUCAUACAACUCAGAUGGAUCCCGCGGCUCAUUUGACCUUUAACCUUCACUUAUCCAAGAAAGAAAGAGAAGCCAGAGACAGCCUCACUCUGCCUUUCCAGUUCAGCUCUGAAAAACAGCAAGCUCUGCUGCGGCCGGUGCCAGGCCAGCCCGCUGGCCGAGUCUUCUAUGAGCCAGAUGCCUUUGAUGACGUGGACCAAGAAGACCCAGACGACGACCUAGACAUUUGACAGACAAAUGGGAGGGGAAGGCUGUGGGCUCAGAACCAUCCUGCUGUUAGCAGACUCUACCUUGUCCCUGGUCUGCCUUUGUUGCUUUGUCUGCAGAAACUGUCAUGUGAGUCAAGGAGCAAUAUCAACCUGGGGCGGGAAGUGUGAUGAGGGUGUAGUGUAUGCCCGUUUCUAAUAAAAUAUAUAUGUGUGUGUGUGU